ACAGACAUGAAAACACCUAACUGAGAACACAAACACAAUCUUUAGUCCAGGUUGCUGCUGCAUCGUACGGCUGAGGAGGAAUAAGAGUGUGAGGACUAAAGGUAAACUGGUUGUGAUGGGAACGAUGUGGAUCUCGUGGAGAACAGCUACAACUGUCAUCAUUAUUAUACUACAAAUCCAAGCUCUGAUCAGUGUCAGAACCACAGCUGUUACUGGUGUGGAAGGUCAGCCGUUUUACUUCAGAUGUGAGUAUCUAGACGGCCAGCAGAGCAAUGUUAAAUUCUUCAGCCAUGUUGAUGAUGUUUCCUCCAACCACCUGAUAUGGACAGACAAACACAACCAGUGGGUGACAGUCGGACGUUUCUCUGUGUAUGACAACACCACCGGAGCUUUUUUCAUCGUCAGGGUGGAUGAACUGAGCUCAGACGACAGUGGGACAUACUGGUGUGGGGUAGACAUCAGCUUGCAUCCUGAUGAAAUCAGUGCCAUACAACUGGAUGUUUCCCGAGGAACUGAACUUACCAUCUUUCAAAAUGACUUCCCAGUGGACAAGCUCCACCUGCCGCUGUACCUGAUUGCAGUGAUGUGUGUGGCAGCAAUAUUGUGUGUGUGUCUGUUUACAUUUUCUCUUCUGCUGGCUCUUAAUUGCAGAAGAUCAGGCAUACACCAGCAUAGCGAGACAUCAUCCAACUACGAGACAACGAUGCCUGGUGUAGGAACUGAACAUGAACUCCACUAUGGCUGCUCGGAUCCAGACUGUGCUGAUCUUUCAGGUUCACCGCCUCCACUACCCGAUGCCUACUCCCACUUCACAUCGAAUCAUCAGGAUGCCCCUGGCCUCAGUGAAUAUGUUGAUGUGGAUGUACCAGGGCACAUCUGCCACUACCAACAUCUGGAUCUCAGCUGUUCAGAGGAGCACAUCUAUCACAGACUUCAUGUAAACAACGGACCUAAAGAUGAACCUCUGGGAGUCAAAGAUCACAUUAACUGUUGAUACUGUUAGAGAAUGAAUCCAAGUCAAUUACAACUUUGGUUGUAUUUUUCAAGAUUUGUCCAUCAUUUCUUUCAGUUGUUGUAACUAACAAAGUCUGACAUUAAGUUUCUUGCUGUUAACUUUUCUUUUCUUGUUGCUGCAUUCGCAGAUCUCACCAAUUAACUAAAAUGUCAGAAUGAGAAAUGUGUUGUUAUCAUUGAUAGCAAUGAUGAAACCAAAACCUGAACUCCAAGAACCAGGCUGCAGCAAACCUUACUAUGAGCCUAUGGGUGGGUGAAUAAAUGAGACGAGAGGAUGAUGGCCAAUUCAAAGGAUAAUGAUUCAGGAUCUUUAGAAGGUCAAGUAGUUAUAGUGUUCAUUUUUGCUGUAUUUUGUAUUUUCUGGAGACAAAUGCACAAAUUUGAAUGGCACAAUCAAAAGAAAAGUCACACAGUCUGAGCAGGUCCCUCAAGCUGUGGGAGUAAAUAAAAUACACCAAUCAUGUAUCUCACCAAAAUAAAACAUGUGGUA